GCCGGCAGGGCGGGCGGCGUUACUCGCGCUCCUACACGGACGUGCAGGCUGCCAUGCUACUCAACGGCGACGCCGUCCAGGCCCCCGGGCAGGCAGCCGGCGACCACAAGCCGCCGCCCUCGCCGCCGUCCCAGAAGCCGGUGCGCCGCGUGCGCUUCGACCUGCCGCCCUCGCCGCCCGCCACGACCGCCAGCCCCACCGUCAAACCCGUGCAGGUGGCGGGCGUCCAGAGCUGGCUGCGCAGUCGCGCCGCCGCCGCCACCGCCUCCGCAGCCGCGAGUGCCGCCGCGAAGCCCGCCGUGGGCGCCAGCUGCUGCCACGAGACGGCCCGCUACCGCCGCGGCACGCUGCCGCCCCCGCAACCCGCCGCCCCCCCGCCACACCAGCAGCUGCUGGUGCGCGCGGCCCGCGAGGCGGACGAGGACGCCUUCUGCCAGCUCAUGGAUCUCUCCGGAGCCGACGUCAACUGCGUGGACGCCAGCGGCAGGGCCCCCGGGAAGCAGGUCAAGACAACUAUGAAGAAAAGCAUCGACUUCAAAAGCACUUAG